CUCUUUGGCUACUAUUCUUUGCCACUGCAAGGCUCGAUUGAUGGUGUUAGUUUUUUUUAGUGCUUCCGCGCCAAGGCUUGCUUCUCCUUUCUAACCCUGUUCUGCUUUUGCUUUACCAAUUGCUGUUUCAAGUGCGAAACGAUGUGUUUUUAACAUAGUCUGACUUCUGUGAGAGGGUGAGGAUUACAUCUACCUCGAUCAAAAAUUCUUUGAAGAACGGAAAAACACCGCUGGGCUAAGGCAACACUUUGCUUGCGACUACUUUCACUUCCCUUAGCUACGAUUUUUCAAGAUGGCCGGAGCGACAGCUGCGCUGAACAACGAGGACCUUUCUUUUACGCCCAAUACCUCUGAAAUGUCAAGUUGUGACAAAAUUAUCAUCGAAAAAGCUUUAUCACUGACUCAGGACUAUAUUUCCUUCCGAUUAAGGAGCAAAUUUGAACAGAACAAACUCCAAGGUUUACAUCGACAUUUCCUUAUUCCUCCUCAAUCAACCAACGCAUCAACGAGUACUCUACGAAAACUGGCAACCGAUACGGAGGCAAAGUACCCUGAUUUGUUCGAAUCAGUGUGUACAAAGUUGGAUAUAACACCGGCCUCCGCGCAUCGUACGUUUGUCUGUGUGGCAAAAGAGAUUUUCCAAGAAGAAACGAAUUGGGGCCGAAUAGUGGCUUUGUAUGCGUUCGGAGGCGUCGUGGCCCACCAUUUCGUGGAAACGCAACGGCCAGAAAUGGUUCAGAAGAUCGUGGAAUGGACUGCCACAUUUAUUGCGGAGAACUUAUUGACAUGGAUUAAAGAAAACGGAGGCUGGGAUGGCUUUGUUGCUCACUUCUCUGACUCUUCACAAUCACAAACCAUGUGGAAGAGCUUAUUCACUGUCGGAAGCAUCUGUGCUGCAGGGUUAACUCUGCUAGCUUUGAACAAGUAAAACUAAUUUCCCCAUUCUUUUGAGCACUUGCCUGCCUAAGACACAUUCUUUGUAUCUGCAUUGGGACAAAUUUGAAGGACUUGUUUUUUAAACCUUUAUCCCAGGUUACAAAUCAUCGUCCUCUUGUCAAUCAGAAUACAUUUUAGAACUGAAUUUUGAUCUCUACUUUUGGUAUUUUUGUUAUGAGGAACAUUACAUCUAAGUCACUCCUAUUGCUAUGGCUUGCAGUCCAACCACUUUCAUUAACUUUAAGAAUCCAUUACAAAUGUUUACGUUAAUUGUUCUUAAAAAAAUUAUCAUCGUUGUACAUGUGUAUAGUUACAUGUAAAUAUGGUGUCUUCAAUUUGGUAGUUGAUAUAAAUUAAACCCCUUUAGUACAGUUUUUUUGAUCAGUCACAAUGUAGAUACAAGACAUGCAUGUCUCUUACGAAACAUGUGCAGCUUACUUCCUGCUGGGUUGAAAAAGUAGUGGUACAGAACAAGCAAGUAUUGCUUAAAUUGCAGAUGAGUUCUUUGUAUUAAGCUCAUUAGUUUAAGUUAGGCUUUUGAGCAAUGACUAGAAACAUUGGAAGUAGCUUUUCAUGUUGAAAACUUAGUUUGCAAUAUUUGCCGAAAAAUCCAUUUAGGAUGUUUCUUUGUUGGUUUGUUAACCUUACUCUCCUACAUGAAAGUAAUCAGAGAAGAGAGCCCAGCCUUAAAAAUGUCCCAUACCAGAACAUUACACUGUGUCUUUGAUGAGCCCGCCCUACCAUCAUGCUUGGUAUUGUAUUCAGAAAGGCAGAACAAGAGGAGAUCAUAUGAUGCACUGAAGUACGUGUCGAAAAGGAUUCUAUGUUAUUCUAUGUUAUUCCAAACCAAUGAGCAAACUGUGUGAUGGAUUGGUAAGAAAACAUAUAACAGUUGCUCAAGCUUUCCCCUUCCUACAUAUACGCCUUCUUCCAAAAUGUUACAUGUUUUGUCCUUGGACUUGUGUUUCAAUUUAUACAUGCUCUAAAAGCUGCUGGCAUCUACCAGGGACAUUUGCUGCUUACAAGCUGAGAUCAAUGGGGCAAAAGUUAUAGCUCAUAGAAUGCUGCUGAAGUUUCUUGUAAUUAUUCAUGCUGUUACUGUUACUGAUGGGACUUUGCCUGGAGUCCAUUGCUUUUUAAUCCAAGUGUUAAACAACCUGAAAAUUGUUGCAAAAUCGAAGUUGUGCUUGAUUGUGUGAUCAUGUUAUGCUUAAGAAUCUUUUGCUCCAGACGUUUAUGCAUUGUAGUAGAGACUUGAAAUGUGCUGAAAUGAAAAAGGCCAAACUUUGUAUAGGACUCCUAUGAUCUCAUUUAUAUAGUGAUUAUUACAUCUUGGAUCAGAACAGAAAGUUCUUUGUUAUUGAAAGAUGUACUAAGUCUCUGAUGAGGCCAGGUAACAAUAAAAAAACUGGUCGGUAAGGCUUGUUAAGCCCUCUGUAGGAGAUCAUAGGUUUCCUAGUCAACUGGAAGAGCCUUCUUUCAUUUUACAGUGCCUUUCUGCUGCAUCAUUCUAUGAUAACACUUGUUGUCCACAUUACUUUGCAUGCUUGGUCAGUGUGUUUUGCAUGCUUGGGACCGUGUGGACUUUGAAAAGAAAUUAUAAUGUUGAGAACAAUUUAAGCAACCGCCUGUGUGAGGGUUGUUCUUGAGAAAGGAAAAUAAAAGAAUUAUCACGUGA